AUGCCUAAGAAAACUAUUCAUAUGAUCUCAACCAAGAAAUUUCACCCACUGGCGUUGACACUGAUUAUCUACACAAUCUCGGAUCUCGUUUAUUCGUUUACAAUGGGAAUAUCAGCAUUUACCGCAUUCGGUGUCUGGUCAAACUUUUACUAUCCACUCCUCCACUCGGGAAUCGUCUCGUUUUCAGUCCUCUCUGUAUAUUUUAUUGCAUACAGUAACAUCAAACUUGCCCUUGCUCUUCAUGGCUUGAUAAAAAUAUUUAUUUUUUCUUGGACAAUGCAUACUCUGUGCAAUCUAGAUUUGUAUCAAAUCAAAGAGCAGGACACGGUUGUUGCUUCAAUCUACUAUGUGCUAACGUUUAUUUUCGAAAUGACAGCAUUCUUUGUUAUUAACAAAAUGAAUAUCCCUUUCUUUUCGGUAAUUUUAUGGUAG